AAUCUGGGCGGAGAUUAUCUUCAAAAUGGCGGACGCCGUGACCAAAGUAUACCGAUCACUGCCUUCGGAUUCACUGGUUUACCUGAAAACUCUCAGUAAAUCGGUAUGUUUGUUACUGGUUUUGUGUGUCCUGCUGGGCAGCUCGUCCGCCGACAAUGUGUACGAGAUGGAGGAGUUCCUGAAGCGGGAGUACUCGCUGACCAAGCCCUACCAAGGGCUGGGUUCCUCAAGUUCGUCUCACUGGGACCUGAUGGGAAACGCCAUGGUGACCCCAGACCACGUGAGGUUGACCCCUGACCUGCAGAGCCGACAGGGAGCGGUUUGGAGUCGAAUCCCCUGCUACCUCAGGGACUGGGAGCUACAGGUGCAGUUCAAGGUCCACGGCGAGGGGAAGAAGAACUUCCAUGGCGACGGUGUGGCCUUCUGGCUCACCAAAGAGCGCAUGCAGAAUGGCCCGGUGUUCGGCAACAUGAACCAUUUCACCGGACUGGGGGUCUUUGUGGACACGUACACCAACGAGGACAAGAACCGCGAGAAGAGACAGACAGGAACUCAGCGCGUGUACCCGUAUGUGUCGGCCAUGCUGGGCAACGGGACGCUGAGCUACGACCACGAGCGCGACGGGCGGCCCACCGAGAUUGGCGGCUGCACGGCCAUGGUGCGCAACGUGAACCACGACACCUUCCUGCUCAUCAGAUACAUCAGGAGCCGGCUCACGAUCAUGACGGACGUGGACGGCCACCGCGAAUGGCGGGACUGUGCGGACAUCUCGGGCGUGCGGCUGCCCCUGGGCUUCUACUUUGGGGCGACGUCCAUCACCGGAGAUCUCUCAGACAACCAUGACCUGAUCUCCAUGAAACUGUACGAGCUGACGGUGGACAAGACGAAGGAGGAGCUGGAGCAGGAGGAAGAGGAGGAGGUGACCGUCCCCAGAGUGGACAACAUGCAGCAGUUCAUAGUGGUGGAGCCGGAGGAGGGGCUGAGCGGCGUGCAGUAUGCGGUGACGGCGUUGUUCUCCCUGAUGGGCCUGGGGGUGCUAGCGGCCAUCGGCCUCAUGGCCUACGGACGCUGGAAGGAGAAGAGCCGCAAGAGAUUCUACUGAACACACACUUGCACAUUAUCACAGACAAACAGACACACGCAGUCAUAUAAUCACACACACACACACACACACACACACGCAUAAACACACUGACACACUCGCACAUAAUCACAUACACACAAUCAUAUAAUCACUGACACACUCGCACAUAAUCAAACACACACUCCCACACAUAAACAUGCACACUCGCACAUAAACACGCACACUCACACACACACCCAUUCACACUCGCACACACAAUCAGUCGGUUUCAGGCUCAGACGCGCACACAUUGUCACACACACACACUCGCAUGCACGUACACAUACACACACACAGACAAUGACUGUACACCACUAUGGUCGGGGAGGGGGGGGGGGGGGGGGGGGGGGAGUGGGGGAGUGAUGAGUGAGGGGGAGAGUUGGAAAGGGAGAUGGGGAGGGGGGGGGGGGGGAGCAGCAGGAGGUUCCAUGGGAGGGAGGGAGGGAGGGAGGGGGAGAGAGAGAGAUACUGUUAGCUACUGUGAAUAAUGACCUGUAAGCAUCUCAUUGGACGUAGCCAUAUUUGCACUGAGGCCAUAAACCGCCCGGUAUAGCGCACGCUAUGCACACAAAUAAUACUAAUAUCACAACAAUGAUUCCAGCACUUAACAACAGUGGAGAGGCUGGGGGCUUGGGACGAGCCAGAGCUCUCCACUGCCACUAGGGAGUGACGGCGGUGCGGGCGGGUUCCAUUGCUAGUGCCUACGGCGGUCUACUGACUCGUCUUACUGCACAGGUCGUGUUCGGUCGAACAUGGGGAUGUUUCGCCACGCUCCCUGGGCUGCUCAUCGGGUACUUCGGAGGAAGGUUGAAGUCGUCUUUGGGAAGUUUUGGACCAACAAGACUUUGACUCUGAAGACAAACCUUUCUUGUUCCUGUUUUGAAAUUGUUGUACUUGUGAGGAGCUGUGGUGAUGAGUUUGACCUGUGGUAAUGAAUAAAAUGUGUUUUAUGCCCCUUAUGGGCAGUGCCUUAAUCAAGAUCUGUCUUCAUUGAGUGGAAUACUUAAAUAUUCCAUUAAGACUUUACUAAGGCAAAGGCUUUUUCUUUAUCCCUCCAUUAUUUUUUUUUUUUUUUCCAGAUAAUGGGAGUCAACAAACUUUAGUUUUCACUUAAAUUUUUUUUUUUUAAAUGAAAAGAUGUUAACAUCUAGCUGUGUCCAAUAUUAGUGUUUGUGGACAUGUCUGCAUUGUGUCUACAUGUGUUGGCGUCAAGACAUCAGGGUCAAACUGGAUCUCACUAGAAGUUGGAUGGGUUAUGUUUAUGUGGAACAUCUUUCCGGUUAUGGUUCUUUCAUGGCGGUCUGAAACUCAAUCCAUAACUGCGCCAUUUCGAGACGGAAAGAUACAAUGUGAUUAAAAAAAAGUGACUAAAAACAAAAAAAAAAUCUAAAUGGUUUUUGAGGCAGCACUUAUGAUCAAAUACAAAAUGGAAAUGUAUGUAUUGCAAUCAAACCUUUAUUGUAGCCGAUCAGCAAUGACGUUAUCUGGGACGUUUGUGUUCACUUUUCUAGCUGUUAUCCAGUGAGACCGGCUGCAGUCUGCCUGGAGAAGCACUCAUUUUAUUCAUUGGUUUUUUGUUGUAAUUUCCUGUUGAUUUCCUGUUUAGUGUAAUAGUUUACAUACUUAACAAAUCGCCAUCUACAAUCUCCUUUUAUUCCCAGACUUGUUACUAUGAGUCAGAACAGUCGGUGAAUCAUCACCCACGUUGUGUAAUUGUACAACAGAUUAUUGGUAAUAAGGUCAUGGCAGUGAAUGUGUUCAUGCUGCUUAGGUCCAUGUUUUUUUUAUCUGUUAGUAUCAUCUUUGGGCCAACCAAAGUGAAAACAAGAACUUUUCAUGCUGGGAUUACAAUAAAAGUCACUAGGGUGAA